AUGGACGACACCGACUCAGAUAUCGAUGUGCCUCUACCAAAGUUCACGUCUUCGGCCGGCUCGAAUAAUAACAGAUCGAGAAACUUGACCGGAGCGUCCCGAGGGCAGAGUGGUGCUAUGAAUGCUAGUCCUGAAGCUAUCAAAUUGUGGAGGUCACUAACUGUUCCUGAACCAACUGAUACCCACACCAUUCAGGCAUCAUUUGUAAGACAUGCUACACAGACAUUGGCAAGGAGCUCGUUCAAUAUGGACACGUUUGCUGCAUAUCAAGCCACUGCAUACAGUGUGCGAGACAGACUCAUUGAACGAUGGAAUCGAACACAACAGCAUUUCACUUCAAAGGAUCCCAAACGUAUUUAUUACUUGUCAUUGGAAUUCUUACUCGGUCGAACAUUUGAUUCAGCAAUCCUGAAUCUAAACAUGAAGGACAACUAUUCUGGUGCUUUGAAAGAUCUUGGAUUUCGUGUAGAAGACCUUAUCGCUGAAGAAGUUGAUGCUGCACUUGGAAAUGGUGGUUUGGGACGACUUGCGGCUUGUUAUAUGGAUUCGCUGGCUACUUUGGACUUACCUGCAUGGGGUUAUGGUAUCAGAUAUACAUAUGGUAUUUUCCAACAACGAAUCAUUGAUGGCUAUCAAGUCGAGUUUCCUGAUUAUUGGCUGAAUUUCGGAAACCCUUGGGAGGUCGAACGAUUGGAUGUUUCAUAUGACGUCCGUUUCCGUGGAUAUGUCAACAAACUUCAAGCAUCUGAUGGUUCUGCACGAUACUCUUGGGAGGGCGGUGAAAAAGUAAUUGCUGUUGCAUACGACUAUCCCAUACCAGGAUUUGGCACCAACAACACGAUCAAUAUCCGAUUGUGGAGUGCCAAACCAACUCGUGAAUUCGAUUUUGCAAGUUUCAAUGACGGAAACUAUGACAAGUCUGUCGAAGAGCAAAAGGCUGCUGAGAACAUUACCUCUGUGUUGUAUCCAAACGACAACCACAUGGUUGGAAAAAUCCUACGUCUAAAACAGCAAUAUUUUUUCGUCUGCGCAACGCUCCAAGACAUUAUCCGUCGAUUCAAAAAAUCGCAUCGUCCAUGGUCUCAAUUCUCGGAUCAAGUAUCCAUUCAAUUGAAUGAUACCCAUCCUACUCUCAGUAUUGUUGAAUUGCAACGUAUCUUGAUUGAUGAAGAGGGUUUGACAUGGGAUGAAGCUUGGGGUAUUGUGACAAAGACUUUCUCGUUUACAAAUCAUACGGUUUUGCCUGAAGCUUUGGAGAAGUGGGCCGUGCCUCUUUUACAGGACUUGUUGCCGAGACACUUGUUGAUUAUUUAUGAUAUCAAUUUGUACUUCUUGCAAAGUGUUGAAAAGGUCUUCCCUGGUGAUCGUGAUCGUUUACGCCGAAUGUCCAUUAUUGAAGAGGGACAUCCUCAACAUGUCCGCAUGGCGUUCUUGGCUGUUGUUGGAUCGCACACCGUGAAUGGUGUCGCAGCCUUACAUUCAGAACUCAUCAAGACCAUGAUCUUCUCAGACUUUGUUGAAUUCUUUGGCAACCCACGAUUCACCAAUGUCACAAACGGUAUCACUCCUCGAAGAUGGCUUCACCAAGCAAACCCUAAACUCAGUACCUUGAUCACAAACAAGUUGGGUGGUUUACACUGGCUCAAGCAUCUCGAUGAACUAAGCGCUUUGAAGAAAUAUUGUGAUGAUCCAGCAUUUCAAAAGGAGUGGAUGGAUAUCAAGCGAUUCAACAAGAUGCGAUUGGCCAAAACCAUCAAACAAACGUGUGGUGUGGACGUAUCCGCAGAUGCUCUGUUUGACAUCCAGUGCAAACGUUUACACGAAUACAAGCGUCAAUUUAUGAACAUCCUGUCAAUUAUUUUCAGAUACCAGCGAUUGAAAGCCAUGACCAAGAGUGAAAUCAAGAAUGAAGUACCACGAGUACAUAUAUUUGCUGGAAAGAGUGCACCUGGAUACUAUAUUGCCAAGCUGGUUAUUAAGCUGAUCAACAGUGUUGGUGAUGUUGUGAACAAGGAUACUGAUACUAGAGACUACCUCAAGGUUGUCUUUAUUCCCAACUACAACGUCAGUAUCGCCGAAAUCAUGAUUCCUGCCUCAGAUAUCUCGCAACACAUCUCAACUGCUGGAACUGAAGCAUCUGGAACAUCCAACAUGAAAUUCGUGUUGAAUGGAGGCUUGAUUUUGGGUACUGUUGAUGGGGCCAAUAUUGAAAUAGGAGAGGAAGUUGGACCUGAUAAUAUCUGGUUGUUUGGUGUUUUGGCUCAUGAAGUGGAUGAUAUUCGACAUGCACAGACGUAUCAAUUGGUAGAAAUGGAUCCAUCAUUAAAGAGUGUAAUCCAGAGUAUACAACAUGGUGACUUUGGAGAUUCAGUCAUUUUCGAGCCUUUGUUGGCUACCCUAACUACUGGUCAUGAUUUUUACUUGAUCAGCAAGGACUUUGAAUCAUACUUGGAUGCUCAAAAGAAAGUGGAUCUAGCUUUCAAGGAUCGAACUACAUGGGCGAGGAAAUCAAUCAAUGCAGCUGCUGCUAUGGGCAAAUUCUCGGCGGAUCGAAGUAUCCAAGAAUAUGCUACACGUAUUUGGCAUGCUGGUCCCGUCACUGUCCCAGAAUGA